GUGAGGCACAAGUGCGGUUGAGGGUGACGGGUGCCAUGUCGCUCCUGGUGGGGGCUAAGCUCGUCAACGUGCAGGUUCCCUUCAUCUUUAAAGACGCCGUCAACUUUCUGAACGACCAGACGGGCGGUGCCCUGGGUAUGAGUACGGCUCCUGAAGCAGUGCUGACUACUGCCACAGCACUCAUGCUCGGCUAUGGCGCAGCACGCGUCACGGCUGCAGGUUUCAACGAGCUGCGCAACGCUGUGUUCGCUAAGGUCGCGCAGAACAGCAUCAGGCAGAUCGCCAAAAAAGUCUUCCUGCAUCUCCACAGUCUCGACCUCAACUUCCAUCUCUCCAGGCAAACUGGCGGACUUGCCAAAACCAUAGACAG